AUGGCUAUGGUCCUGGAUGGGAUGAGCACUCUGCACGAUACACAUCCCAGCGCCCAUCCUUCCCUAUCCUCUUCAGUGUCCGUGCUGGUGGAUAUAUUCACCCUGGAAGAUAGCAGGAUUGCAGAUACGAGAGGAGACCUGAGCUCCAGCUCUAGUCCCAGCGGCCUGACCUCAAAUCUGGUCCACGGCGGAUAA